AUGGACUCUGCAGAGUAUGUGAUCUGCAGCUGGCAGGACGAGAUGUGGCCUGCGCGGGUCUUGUCGAGACCCAGGACCUCAGCCCAUAGUAAGAGGAGAGUGGCAUCUUACCUGGAGGUGCAAAUCAUGCCAUUGGGUGAGAAGACAAGAGUGAGGAGCACCGAGGUGAAGCCCCUAACCAAGUCCAAACUCUUAACCAUGCCCCCCUUGGCAGGAAGGAAGUCACAGGGCAGUGGCUCGCCAGGGCAGAGGAGGGCAUACUGGAGAGCCCUCAAGAUGGCGCUGGAUGUUCUGGAAGAGGGAAGGAGCUUGUUUCCAGGAGGAAGGGCACAUGGCCGAAAAACCAACAUGGAGGCCCCAAAGGUUCCCAAAGAGCAGGCUAGCUGUAGCCCACUCCAGAGCCUUCACCUUGAAGCACACAGGCAGAAAGGCCAAGGGCUCUCCCAGAGGAGUCCUAGGAAGCAGCGGGGCCGCCCCCGGGUGAGGGGCUCACAGAAUCUGCCUGUUGGGCAAGGGGGUAAAAGCCAGGCGCACAGUGCUGUUGGGCCUCCUCACUUUGAAGUACAAGGGAGUGGGUUAAGCGGCACCAGAGUGUGGCCAAGCUCCUCAGCACCUGCAGGAAGGGCUGAUUUUAAUCCACGGAAGAGAAAGCUGAGCACAUCCAAGCAUAGGUCUCGGAGGGCCCCAGCCUCCACGGAGGGUGCCUGGGUUAAAGAUGAGCAGCAGGCUGCCCCUGGGCCACCAAGGAGGAGGAGGAGGCGCAUCUCCACCUCGCCCAAAGACCUGAAGCCACGAGCAAGAGCAUCCUGUGCAGGCCUAGAGAUCCGGGCUAUUGGAGGCCAGAGGAAGAAGACUGCCCUCCCAGAGGACAAGGAGGACCCCAGCCCAGGGACCCUGAAGCCAGAUGCAAAAGGGGCACCAGCAGCCUGUGUGCCUCCUAUCCCGAGGCUGCGAAGGUCGCUCCGCCUUGCUAGCAGAAAAAGGAAGAUCCACCACGUGCUGUGUCCCUGCUGCAGGGUACCAGAACUGUCACCUCAUGUGCACUCAAAGGCGGCCAGCACCAGGUUCCAGAGGAGAAGGGCCGCGAUUCAAGAAGACAGCCAAGCCACCAGGGUGGCUUCUUCUGCCCAGAGUCUGAAUACGAUUAAACGAGGAAUGCUGGUCUGGUUCAAAUGCCAGGACCUUCCUUUCUGGCCAGCGGUGGUCAAGAGCGUCAGCCAACACGACAAGAUGGCGAGGGUGCUGUUGAUUGAGGGCAACAUGCAGCUUGAGCGCAGGGGUGUCCGCGUCCCUCUCCGCAAGCUGAAGCCUCUGGACUGUGAGGAGAAGAGAUCGCUAUUGAGAAGAGCCAGCAGAGUGUACGGCCAGGGAAUCAGCUGGUGCUUCUCUGUGAUUGACCACUACAGAGAGGGCCUGGCCUGUGGCUCCUCCCUGGUCUCCUUUGUGGACUACUACGCCUCCCGAACCAGCUACCCUCUGAGGAGGGCCAUCCAAGAGGGCGAACUGCACAUUGAUUUUCCCAAGGUGAACUAUGCAGACUUGGAAGACUGGGAGGAGGAGACGGCCCUGAGUGGGAAGGGGCCCCACAAAAAACUCCUGCCUGACCGCAUGAAGGCUGCAUGGGACAGAACCAACAAGAAGAUUGUAGACUUCAUCAUCAAGAAGAAGGGUGCCGACCAGCACCUGCGGGACAUCGUGAAGGGCAGAAAACAGUCCAAGCGCCUGGACGACCUCCGCAAAUUAAAGAGGGAAAUCCUCUGCAUUGAGACCUACCUAGAAGAUGAAGACCAGUUGCAUCUAGUGGCCAGGCAUUUGCAAGAAAUAGCUAAGGAAGCAGAUGAGGCCCUCCUCUCCUUGACAAGAGGAGACAUAGUGCGCUUUACCAUGGAGGUUCUUCUUCCAGAAGCAAUCAUCUGCUCCAUCGCUGCCCUAGAAGACCUCAGCUACAAGGAGGCAGAAGAGAAGUACCUGCGCGGCCCGCCGGUGCACUACCGCGAGAAAGAGCUCUUCGACAAGACCAUCUUAAAGGCGGCCGGCAGGAGAUCAGCAGCCAGAAAUCAGAAUGCCAGGGCCCCUCCUGUGCUUGGUCCCACUUCUUAG